AAUCGUGCAACAUGAAUACACGAGCAAACGAAUCGUCGUUUCUCUCUCUAACUUUUCCGGAAAACUCGAACGCGCAGAGAGAGAGAGAGAGAUCUGCAAUGGCGACGGAGGAUCUCCGCCGUUCUGGCGCUGCCUAUUGCGAUGCCGAGCUUUUGCCCCAGGAUGAUGACGCGCCGCCGUCUCCUUCAUCAUGGCGUCUCAACCUCGAAACCUUUCGCCUCCCUUCCUCGCCGUCUCCCGGCGGCCGCCAUAACCGUCUCACGCGCAUCUCCCGCAUCCUCCGUACGACACCGAGAAAAGAGCGUAAAGUUUCCGAGUAUUACAAGAAGCAGGAGAGGCUUCUUGAGGGUUUCAAUGAGAUGGAGACGAUCAAUGAAACUGGUUCUUUAACAGGAACCCCAACCGAGGAAGAACUGAAGAAGCUUGCAAAGAGCGAGAGGCUGGCGGUUCACAUCUCAAAUGUGGCUAACCUUGUGCUCUUUAUUGCAAAGGUUUAUGCUUCUGUUGAAAGUAGAUCCAUGGCUGUGAUUGCUUCAACUUUGGACUCUCUGUUGGAUCUCUUGUCCGGGUUUAUUCUGUGGUUUACCGCAAAUGCCAUGAGAAAACCAAACCAUUACCACUAUCCAAUUGGGAAAAAACGGAUGCAACCUGUGGGCAUCAUCGUGUUUGCAUCCGUGAUGGCAACUCUUGGGCUGCAAGUAUUGCUCGAGUCAGCCAGGCAACUUGUCUCCAAGACUGGUCCUCAUAUGAGUAGCAGCGAGGAGAACUGGAUGAUCGGGAUUAUGACUUCUGUAACUGUCGUGAAGUUCCUGCUCAUGAUCUAUUGCAGGAGAUUCCAGAACGAAAUCGUCAGGGCCUAUGCCCAGGAUCACCUUUUUGACGUCGUCACCAAUUCCAUAGGUCUAGCAACCGCAGUCUUGGCUGUAAAGUUCUACUGGUGGAUCGAUCCUACCGGUGCUAUUCUAAUUGCGUUGUACACAAUAGGAACAUGGGCAAGAACGGUAUUAGAAAACGUCCACUCGCUGAUAGGAAGAUCAGCGCCGCCGGAAUUCCUGACGAAGCUGACGUUCCUGAUAUGGAACCACCACGAACAGAUCAGACACAUCGACACUGUCCGAGCGUACACCUUCGGAUCGCACUACUUCGUGGAAGUGGACAUAGUGUUGCCCGAAGACAUGAGACUUCACGAGGCACACAACAUCGGAGAGACCCUUCAGGAGAAGCUCGAGCACCUUCCCGAGGUCGAACGUGCCUUCGUCCACAUCGACUUUGAGUUCACUCACCGUCCCGAACACAAGUCUAAGGUCUAAUCACUCCCCACCUCUCUCUUGUCCGCUUCUCUUCUUUUUGGUGUUGUGUACAAUAAUGUUUCUAUUCUCGUUGGUGUGCCACCAAACUCUCUCAUCGACACUUCCUUUUUAUUCUUUAUAUAUCGAACCUUCAAGGUUAAAUAAAUGUGUGUAUAUAUAAAA